UCAGUAGUCAAAAAGUCAAAAGUGCGAAUGUAGCUAUUUUUUCAGUCAGUAGCGAAAAAGACAUUCAGUAGUCAAAAAGACAAAAGUGCGAAUGUAGCUAUUUUUUUAGUCAGUAGCGAAAAAGACAUUCAGUAGUCAAAAAGACAAAAGUGCGAAUGUAGCUAUUUUUUCGGCCAGUAGCGAAAAAGACACUCGUAGUCAAAAAGCAAUGUAGUCAAAAAUCCAGUAGUCAAAAAGUGUUUGCCUGUUUUGGAAUAGGGUUCCUAUUUUGAUUUGCAAAGAAGUUCAAUUAAAAUUUAUUCCCAUCUAUUUCACUUCCAAAAACCGUGCUUAUUGUUCAAUAUGGCAGUGAUCCGCAUGGAUGAAAAGUAUAAAAACGCGGACAAUAUUAUCAAUUUUACUCAUCAAUUCGAAUUAAAACACAUGUAGACGAAUUUUCCACGAUUUUUGAGAGCACUAUGCUCGAUUGGCAAGUCAAACUCUACAAGCAAAAAGCUCUUCAUCUCGGUGAACCUACUUGGUUAAUCAUGUUGUCAAAAUCAAGACAUGGAAAUAUUUGUCGUGAAAUAUUUCCACCAAUUCACAAACUUUACUUCAAAGUAAUUGCUCUGGAUUCUGAUGGAAACACUCAAAACUAUGUCAAAUUUUUUAUUGAUGGAGAGUCUAUUCCAAUGGGACAAACAUGCUAUGCCUCUAAGCCUGAUGUCAAAUUUGAAGAAGAUUUAUCGGUGAUGCUGGCUGAUGCAAAGAAAAAUGAUCAAAUGAUUCAAUUGGAGACUAGAAUGGAAUUCAAGAGAGACGAUUUUGGGAAUUUGAAGUAUCUUGUGAGAGCCGGAGCACCGAAUGUGCUUCAGACGUUGGAGUAUUAUUUCGAUGCACUCACUGAUAAAUCCCGCCACAAUUUGAUGCUAAAAACAUCCGACGGCGUCCAUUCUUUGAUGACCAGUAAGGAACUCGUGUGCCUGGCAUCUCCAUUCUUCCGUGAUACUUUGAAGGACACAACAACUGAGUACACAGUUGAAGAUGCAGAUUCUGUGGAGGCCAUCGAUAUUUUUCUCACCUAUAUGGUCACCGGACGCUACAAAAAACCAGCUCUGCUCACUCCAAAACUGGCUUCCGAGGUGUUCACUUUGGCCAAGCAAUGGGAGGUUUUCAAGAUGAAACUUCUGAAGAACUCGAUUGAAAAACAUCUGUGUGAAGAGCUAAAGACGAACUAUGAAGAGCUCAUGUACAUUUGCAACUUGCUCAUCCUCGCCGAAGAUGCAAAGUUUCAGAAUGUUAAAAACUGCUGUGUUGCCACUCUGGUCUUCUACCAUUUUCAAGACUUUAUGAGAAUUAUGGUUAAUGAGAAUCACCCACUGAAAGAGAGGUUCUUCAGACGUGGAGAACACCAUAAACCGUCACUGAUGAAUCAAGUGAAGGCAUCAUUUGUGGCGUCAAACCAGUCAAUGUGUUUCAUUAGAGUCCUUCCGGUUAUUGGUGAAGAUUAGUUUGGAAUAAAGAGUUUUAUUGAG